CGCGCGGGCUUGACAGCGACCGAGAAGUCAAGAUAACGUUUAUGAGAGAAAACCUCACAUUUAUAUAGAAAACGAAAACGACAGAAAUGAGAAAUCUGGAGGAAGUGACGGCAACUCUGCGGAUCGCCAAGCUUGAAGAGGAUGAUUUGCAGAAAACAAUCCAUUGUCUGUCUUUUGGGCAGAACGUUUCGUCCUCCGACUACUGCUUGAUGGAGCUGGAUGACACGCUGUGUAAACACAUUGAAGCCGGUGAAAGUCUGGUGAUUAGAGGGGAUAAGAAUGAACGUGCAGUGUUAUGUAGUGCUGACAAGACCUACGAUCUGAAGAUGGCUGACACAUCAAAUCUACUGAUGUUUGUACCAGGAUGCAAGACACCAGACCAACUUACUGACAGCCAAGACAACUCUCAUCUGGUGCACACACAGAUCUGGGGGUUCUGUAACAGUUACUGGGAGCUGAGGAAACAGCGCCCUAAACUAAAGAAACUUAAGAAGAUUUUGUUGGAGAAUCCGUAUGAAGGGCCUGUUUUUACAGGGCAGGAGGAAAACACUGAACACAGGUACACCAUGCUGGAUCUACUGGAGAGGAUACAGGCCAGUGAGGAGGAGAUACAGACCCACCUACAGGCUAUCCAUGCCUGUCAGAUAGAUGGGUACUGGCGUGUACUGGACUUUGACUAUGAGAUAAAGCUGCUAAGUCAUGUAGCUCAGCUUGUGGAUUCUGAGUCAUGGUCCUUUAACAAGAUUCCACUGGAAACCUGUCUUGUGGAAUUAGGCCCUCUGGAGCCUAAGGAAAUGAUUGAGCACUGUCUGAACUGCUACGGAAAACGCUCCAUUGAGAAUGACGAAGUGUUUUAUGCAUUGGAUGAGGAUAAAGUUUGUCAGGCCAUGGCCCUGGUACUGCUACAGAAUGCUUCUAAGUUUAACCUGAGGGAGUUUCAGGAGGUCUGGCAGCAGAGUGUCCCAGAGGGCAUGGGGACGAGGCUGGACCAGCUUAAGAGCCUCGCCCUGGUGGACUGUAGCUCUUCUCCAGAGACCAUCUCUCUGCUGCGGGUUGAGGAUCUUCCAGAGGACACUCAAGAGCGCUUCAACCACCUCUUCUCCCUCCGAGAGAAAUGGACAGAGACAGACAUAACUCCAUACAUACGGGACCUGUGUGGAGAGAAACAGACGACUGGAGCGCUCCUGACCAAGUACGCUCGAUCCUCUAUGCAAAACGGGGUCAAAGUCUUCAACUCAAGAAGGCCCGUGGCAAUCUGAAAACAAAAGUAAACCCCUACAGAGGACUACCUGUUUCAAUUUUGAAACUUUUUUGGAAGUUUUUAUUUCUAGAACACUUGGCAUGCUGUGUAGAGUCAUCUUUUAUGUUUUUUUCCUUGACAGUCCAUGACAAUGGCAAAAAUGUCUGCAUUUUUCAAUGAUUUUUUUUUUUCCUUUACCGGGAGGCUGUGCUUGCUGCAAUUUAGCAAACUGGCUGUUUAUCGAAGUGUCUAUAACUGAAUUUCAUAUUGUUUGACUAUUCCUGUAACUAAAUCCAAAGCUAAUUUCUGUUAUUUACUUUUUGAUUUUGUUGAUGUUAUAAUGUAAUAAUGUUAAAUUCUGGCAAUGAAUAAGCUUUUAAAUUGGGCUGUCUAAGUAUACAAGCAGCUGCUUUGAUAUUGAAUUAAACUACAAAACUUGA